AUGCAGAACAACAGGCUGAAUGGUGUAGCAAGUUUUCAUCAGGCAGUGAAAACUUCACAAGGGCAGAUGAAAUCAUGUUGUAAAUUAGUUCAAUUCGACCUGCAGACAGACCUUCAGUAUCUACUGCAAGGCUCCGUGAUUUGGGUUUUGGGCGUUUUUCAUCGCAAUCCAAGACAGAUUUCUUCUUUUCUUUCUGUUCCGAUUGGAAUCCCUACUUCACUCCUUGAGAAGAAAGAAGGGGAGAAAUCAUACUCCAAUCCAAAUGCAAAAGGUCUUCCGGGAAUGGCAAUGUUUGAUUGA